UAGUUUAGUUUAAUUCACCUGCGCUGGUUGUUUUCUUGUCUUCUCUUUCAAUUGCUUCCAACCCGACGCUCGAAGGCCAUCGCCAGGGUUUCGAUCGGUGAAUCCCACAGCUGAAAGCCUAAUCUUUGGAUUGAUCGGAGAAAUUGCGGAAACCGAAGAGAAGAGAUCCUUCACUUCGUUUCCAAUCUAUUCCUCGCUUUCGUAAUUGUUUCCCUUGAACUUGCAUUCUGAUCGCUCGCCCGGAGCGGUGACGAAGUAGACUGACUGUAAUCCCCCUUCCUGGAAAUAAGAAUUUCUUAUAACGGAUAUUAUUUGGAUAAUUUUGGAGUUUUAUCGUGCUAGAAUUAGUAGAUCUGGUCUCGGAUUUUGGUCUGCUGGCUUCAGGAAGCGGAGAUUUAGAGAUUUUGAUUCAUUUGAUGAUAGGAUUAUGCAAAGGAUCAGGGAGAUGAGCGGGUCUACCUUUGGCAGGGAGGGACGAUGACUGCAGCGUCAUUGGGCUUUCGGUCGGGAAGUAACGGAUCAUUGCAUCAACAGCUACAGAAUGGUGCUUUUUCGGCAACUCAACCGAUCUCGCUUCGAAGGGCUUCAAGAUCCGUAUCCGGAAGGAUUUACAAGUUUGUGGGGAGGAGGAGGAAGAUGAAGAUUCAUUGGUAGGUUCUACUACCACACUUACGUAUUCGGAAAAUCUUUCAAUGAAAAGCUUCAAGUCCCCAUUUAUUGUUCCACAUGAAGAGUCUUCAGUUAGACAGAAUACAAGUCUUAUUUCUCUUCCCUCUCGUCGCACGACACCACAUCCUUGUGAAAGAUUCCCUGUUUCUUCUCCACCAAUGGAUAAGAGGCACACUGGCCCACGUCCGUGUCCUGUAUGUUACAUCCCUGUAGAGCAGGCUUUGCUUUGCAUGCCUUAUUCAGCAUUUCCAUCACCAGUUCUUAAGAAUUUACAUUAUUUUUCAGAAGAUAAUUUAAUUUCGUAUCAGCCAAAAGGGGGUUCUAACUUUGGUGGACUUCCAUCUUUACAGCAUAGAAAUGAAUCUUUCACUAUAAGAGAAUCAAUGACUGUGCACUGUGGAUUUGCAAAUGGAAGGAAACCUGGUCAAGGAACUGGAUUUGAUAUCGAUGAUGAUAUCCUUCUGGAAAUGGAAGAAUGUCAUGAUGUUGUUGUAGCUUCUGCUAUAUUUGGAAAUUAUGAUUUAAUGCAACAACCCAAGAACAUUAGUGAAUAUACAAAGAAGAAUGUGUGCUUUUACAUGUUUGUUGAUGAAAAAACUGAAGCCUAUAUGAGAAAUUCUAGUGGACUAGAUGAUUCUGGAAAAGUAGGUCUGUGGAGAGUGGUGAUGGUUCAAAAUCUUCCAUAUGAGGAUUCAAGACGCAAUGGGAAGAUUCCUAAACUUUUACUCCAUAGACUUUUCCCAAAUGCUCGGUUUUCUAUUUGGAUUGAUGGAAAACUUCAGCUCGUUGUGGAUCCCUAUCAAAUUCUUGAGAGAUUCUUGUGGAGGAGAAACCACACUUUUGCAAUAUCUAGGCACUACAGUCGCUUUGAUGUAUUUGAGGAAGCAGAGGCUAAUAAAGCUGCCGGAAAAUAUGACAAUGUCUCCAUAGAUCAUCAAAUUGAAUUUUACAAGAAAGAGGGAUUGACACCUUAUUCUUUAUCUAAGCUUCCAAUUACAAGUGAUGUACCGGAGGGAUGUGUGAUCAUCAGAGAGCACAUGCCAAUCACUAAUUUAUUCACCUGUCUGUGGUUCAAUGAAGUCGAUCGAUUUACAUCCAGGGACCAAAUCAGUUUCAGCACUGUGAGGGAUAGGAUUAUGUCUCAAGUUGAUUGGACAAUUAACAUGUUUAUGGAUUGCGAAAGGCGCAACUUUGUUGUUCAGGCAUACCACAGGGACCUGUUGGAGCAGCGGAAGGCGCUUGCGGCAAUGCACCACCCACCUCCUGCUGCCGCCGUGACAACACAGGACAAAAUCGCGAAAGUACCGCCGUUGAAGAAACUGUCUGGGAAAACGCCCUCGAGGCGUGGUAGGGACAAGAGAUCCGGUUCCCGACGCCGGCAUCCAAGAGUCAUCACUGGAAGAUUAUGACAAAUUUUGUUUCAGUUUAUUAUUUCUUUUUUUUUUUCAAUGUUCUUAAAAGUUAGUUAGCACUGAUUAUUUUCGAGUGCAAAUUGCAAAUGAUCUAUUAAUUUCGUGAGGGAAUAUUGAUAAUUUAAUACUUGUACAUAACAAAUUUAUGAAUUAAUGCCAUUAUGAAAAAUGAUUAUUUA